AUGGACUUUCUCAAAUCCGCAGUUGCUUCUGCAAUCGCCAAAUCCAGCUCUUUCCCAGUCACCAUCGGAGAUCGUAUUGACUCCGGAGACUCCAUUUGGAUCCUGCACAAUGCGACCAAGAAGGACGACAACUCGCCGUGCUGUCUCUUCAACUUCGACAUCAACGCCAACAAAGCACUCUUGCCCUUAGCCAAAAACGCCGCCCGGAAACUGCGAACAAUACGGCACCCCGGCGUGAUACGAGUGAUCGAUGUGAUCGAAAAUGAGACGAACAUCUACAUGAUCACGGAGAAGAUUACCCCUUUGAGUUGGCAUAUCAAACGCAAGAGCUUGAGCGAGGAGACCAUAAAAUGGGGACUAUACAGCGUUUCUUCCACCCUCAAGUUUAUCAACAACGACGCCUCUUCGGUGCAUGGCGCAGUGCGCGUAUCCUCGAUCUUCAUAAGCGAGAGUGGGGAAUGGAAGUUGGGAGGGUUUGAAGCGCUGAGUUCUAUGAACGACGACGACGCGAUUAUAUAUAGGUAUGGGAGUUUGUUGCCAGAGUCGAACCGCUAUUCUCCGCCCGAAGUGGCCAACGGCGGCUGGUCCGCCAUCAAAAAGAAUCCGUUGGGAGCGCCAGACGCCUACGGACUCGGCACUCUCGUGCAUGAAGCAUUCAAUGGGGUCCUCAUGAGCACCGACAGCCUGGGACAGACAAAGAGCAUACCGGCCAACAUGGUCCAGAGCUAUCGGCGUCUAGUCAACGCAAACCCAAAACUGAGGUUGAAUGCUGGUCAAUUCGUCGAGCAGGGAAAGAAAGUUGGAGGAUUUUUUGAGACCCCCCUUAUCCAUAUCACCGAAGGAGCGGAAAGUCUAGGGCUGAAGAACGAGGAGGAACGAAAUGAGUUUCUGAAAGAACUCGACAGCCUCACAGACGACUUCCCCGAAGAUUUCUUCAAGAUGAAAAUCUUGCCCGAGCUGCUGAAAUCCGUUGAAUUUGGUGGUGGAGGACCCAGUGUCUUUGGGGCCAUCAUGAAAAUCGGGUUGAAAAUGUCUGACGAUGAAUUCGAGUCACGCCUUGGACCACUCAUUAUCCGUCUCUUCAAUAGUCCCGACCGGGCUAUGAGAGUUUGCCUAUUGGAUAAUCUACCACUAAUGAUCGAUCGAAUACCACAAAAGGAUGUGAACGGCAAAAUUUGGCCUGCCAUGACAACUGGCUUCACAGACACAGCCCCGGUCGUCAGGGAACAAACGGUAAAGGCCGUCCUCUCCGUGAUCCCCAAGUUGUCGGACAGAGUCAUCAACGGGGAGCUUCUUCGAUUCCUUGCCAAAACGGCAAAUGACGAGCAGCCUGGAAUUCGUACCAAUACUACGAUAUGCCUUGGGAAAAUUGCAAGAAACCUAGGCGUCGGUUCGCGGUCAAAAGUGCUGAUUGCAGCAUUCGGCCGUUCUCUGAGAGAUCCUUUUGUACAUGCCCGAAGUGCAGCGUUGAUGGCGCUCAACGCAACCAUUGAUGUUUUUAGCGAUGAUGAUUGUGCGACAAAAAUCUUGCCUGUCAUUUGUGUCAGCUUGGUCGACAAAGAAAAGAUAGUCCGUGAUCAAGCCACCAAAGCAGUCGAAUCUUACUUGGUUAGAGUCCGCAAAUAUGCAUCAACACUACCUGAAACAGCCCUUCCACCAGAGCCCGGCCCAGGAGCAGCUAAUUCCACCACCCCCGCGAGGAUGGGAAAUCAAAGCGAUACUAGUUGGGCUGGCUGGGCAAUUUCCUCGUUCACAAACAAAAUGGCCGGAGCCCGAGGCGAGAUGGCUCCGACAGCGACCGCAAACGGGGCACCACUGGCACAAACACAGUCAAUGCCUGCCUCCGGACAUACUAUACCGCUCAUCAAUGUUUCGCCUGAAAAAUCGACAACUGCCUCAUUAAGACCGCAUGCCUCACAACCAGCGAAACCCUCCACACAAGCUAUUGAACCUGAGGAGGCUUGGGAGGAAGAGGAUACGAUGGAUGCUUGGGGUACAAUGGAUGAUGAUGGAGACAACUUCUUUGACGCAUCUUCCACGCAACGCACAAACACAACCACACCUGAACCUGCUGCUGCUGCCUCCUUCGAUGACGGCGGCGAGCCAGACUUUGCUGGGUGGCUAGCUGCGCAGUCAAAAUCAAAAUCGCAGAAACCACUACCAAAGGGCUUGAGUAAGACGACCACCACAGCGUCAGCUUUGAACAUCCGUCCUGCCGGCCCAGGGAGAAGUGUGUCGGCGGGUGUUGGAACGGCUGGGGUUAGUGGGAAGAGACCUGUCAUUACAAGCACGAGGACUACAGUACCCAUAGCAGCCAAGAAAGAAAUCCAGAAAGACACGCCAAAGCCUAAAGCACCCGACAUCAAUGAUGAGGACUGGGGUGAGGCCUGGGACUGA